AAAAAAAACAAAAAACAACUUCUUUUGGAGGCGAAUUCGCGCCCCUCUUUUCGAGGCCUGUAGCACGGUUUUGAAAAAAAUUAGCCUAAUGGAGGAAUAAAGUGUUGGAAAUGCCAGGGAAAUGAGCCAGCUAAGCGACAGAUCAAUGGAUCCAGAAAUAGAUUCUCGGACUUAUCUAUCAUCAUCGUCUGAUACAUCUGAUACAUCGGAUGAUGAUGAUAAUGAGGUAUUUAGUCUUUCUAAAUUGUUUGGGUAUGACGAAGAACUAAAACGUAUUCCUCCAGUUGCACCACGGUGUGAUACACAUGAUGGUGAUAAUUAUGAUUAUGAUUAUGAUGAUGACCGUGAUAUGACUGAGGAUGAAUACCGGGUCUACAAGGAUCAAGUUUUGAAGAGCGACGGAUUUGAUGUAGCGAACAUACCUGGUGUCAAUGAGUUCCAUCAAAUUCUUCCAAUGGACAUUACCUACAACACUAAACAUUACGAAUGGUAUUCGCAGCUUGCAGUUGAUGAAUACAACCGUCGCUUCAAGGACACAAAUAAAGAGUUGGAGUUUGUGAAGGUUUUGAAGGCAAUGUCUCAGGCUGCCUGUGUACUCAGGUUUUAUAUGACCUUCAGCGCCAAGGAUCUUGCUGAUGGAGGCAAUAUUAAGACAUAUCAAGCUGUGGUGCUAUUGGGGGUAGGUUCUAAGAUGUCAGUGUUAUCUUUCAGGCUCAAACCUCCUGCGGAUGAACAAGAAGGUUCAGACAGUCAUGGGAAAGAAUGGUUCUGGAAAGAAGACAACCUUUGCAAUGGUGGUUGUGUUGGAGAUUGAGUAGGUUGCAUCCUUAUGGAGUUCAUGAAGGUUGUUGGGCUUAUGUAAUACAUGAGCUAAUUGAAUGACAACUGCUAUUGGCUUUUGCCAAUUUUAUUGUGUUUUUUUGGUUUUUUCGUCCUUUGUGUAGACAACUGAAUUUCAUUAAAAUGAAACUAAACAAUGGAUUUUUGUGGCC